AUCUAGGAGAAGUGCUUCCGGAAACUGUUUCAGCGCGACCUGGCUGGAUUUAUGAGUGUAUGGCUUGGGUACCACAACUUCCGGUGCGUCUUUCUUUACAGUUCGUAAGGUUCAUAGGUACGAGAACAGCGAAGGUUCCGGAGCUAGUUUGUGUUUCAGACUUCCAUAUUUCCAUUUGCAGUUGGGUGAAGUGGUUAGAGCUGAAAGGGGACAGCUGGAGUCAAACAACUUAACUCAAAUAUCUGGGAACGAUUUCGCGCUGAGGAAGACCCUUUGGGACUUUUACUCCACUCCGGGGAACGGACUCGCCGGGACUGACAGUUGCCGGAAGUGAGGCUGCGGGGAAUGGCCGCCGCUGCGACCAUGGCGGCUGCCGCCCGGGAACUGAUGUUGCGGGCUGGGACCUCAGAUAUGGAGGAGGAAGAGGGCCCGCUGGCGGGUGGUCCUGGGCUCCAGGAACCACUGCAACUUGGGGAGUUGGAUAUCACUUCUGAUGAAUUCAUCCUGGAUGAAGUGGAUGUUCACAUUCAGGCAAAUCUGGAGGAUGAGUUAGUAAAGGAAGCUCUUAAAACGGGUGUAGAUCUCCGUCACUAUUCAAAGCAAGUUGAGCUGGAGCUACAGCAGAUUGAACAGAAAUCCAUUCGGGAUUAUAUUCAAGAGAGUGAGAAUAUAGCAUCUCUACACAACCAGAUCACAGCCUGUGAUGCUGUCCUGGAGCGAAUGGAGCAGAUGUUGGGAGCUUUUCAGAGUGACCUCAGCUCCAUCAGCUCUGAGAUCCGGACACUGCAGGAACAGUCAGGAGCCAUGAACAUUCGACUUCGAAAUCGCCAGGCAGUUCGGGGGAAACUUGGGGAGCUUGUUGAUGGUCUGGUGGUGCCUUCUGCUCUGGUCACGGCAAUUCUGGAGGCUCCAGUGACAGAGCCCAGGUUCUUGGAGCAGCUACAGGAGCUGGAUGCCAAGGCAGCCGCAGUCAGAGAGCAGGAAGCUAGAGGCACAGCAGCCUGCGCAGAUGUCAGAGGCGUGCUCGAUCGGCUCCGGGUCAAGGCAGUGACGAAGAUCCGAGAGUUUAUCCUCCAGAAGAUUUAUUCCUUCAGGAAACCCAUGACCAACUAUCAGAUCCCCCAGACAGCCUUGCUGAAGUACAGGUUCUUCUAUCAGUUUCUGCUGGGCAAUGAACGAGCAACAGCAAAGGAGAUCAGGGAUGAAUACGUGGAGACGCUGAGCAAGAUUUACCUGUCUUACUACCGCUCUUACCUGGGGCGGCUCAUGAAGGUGCAGUAUGAGGAAGUCGCUGAGAAAGAUGAUCUAAUGGGUGUGGAAGAUACAGCAAAGAAAGGAUUCUUCUCAAAGCCAUCGCUCCGCAGCAGGAACACCAUUUUCACCCUAGGAACCCGCGGCUCUGUCAUCUCCCCCACUGAACUUGAGGCCCCCAUCCUGGUGCCUCACACAGCGCAGCGCGGAGAGCAGAGGUAUCCAUUUGAGGCCCUCUUCCGCAGCCAGCACUACGCCCUCCUAGACAAUUCCUGCCGCGAAUACCUUUUCAUCUGUGAAUUUUUUGUUGUGUCUGGCCCAGCUGCACACGACCUGUUCCAUGCUGUCAUGGGCCGUACACUCAGCAUGACCCUGAAACACCUGGAUUCCUAUCUAGCUGACUGCUACGAUGCCAUUGCUGUUUUUCUCUGUAUCCACAUUGUUCUCCGGUUCCGUAACAUUGCAGCAAAGAGGGAUGUUCCUGCCCUGGACAGGUACUGGGAACAGGUGCUUGCCUUGCUAUGGCCACGGUUUGAACUGAUCCUGGAGAUGAAUGUCCAGAGCGUCCGAAGCACUGACCCCCAGCGCCUAGGGGGCUUGGAUACUCGGCCCCACUAUAUCACACGCCGCUAUGCAGAGUUCUCCUCCGCUCUUGUCAGCAUCAACCAGACAAUUCCUAAUGAACGGACCAUGCAAUUGCUGGGACAGCUGCAGGUGGAGGUGGAGAAUUUUGUCCUCCGAGUGGCAGCUGAGUUCUCCUCAAGGAAGGAGCAGCUUGUGUUUCUGAUCAACAACUAUGACAUGAUGCUGGGUGUGCUGAUGGAGCGGGCUGCAGAUGACAGCAAAGAGGUUGAGAGCUUCCAGCAGCUGCUCAAUGCUCGGACACAGGAAUUCAUUGAAGAGUUGCUGUCUCCCCCUUUUGGGGGUUUAGUGGCAUUUGUGAAGGAGGCUGAGGCUUUGAUUGAGCGUGGACAGGCUGAGCGACUUCGAGGGGAAGAAGCCCGGGUAACUCAGCUGAUCCGUGGCUUUGGUAGUUCCUGGAAAUCAUCAGUGGAAUCUCUGAGUCAGGAUGUAAUGCGGAGUUUCACCAACUUCAGAAAUGGCACCAGUAUCAUUCAGGGAGCGCUGACCCAGCUGAUCCAGCUCUAUCAUCGCUUCCACCGGGUGCUGUCCCAGCCGCAGCUCCGAGCCCUCCCUGCCCGGGCUGAGCUCAUCAACAUUCACCACCUUAUGGUGGAGCUCAAGAAGCAUAAGCCCAACUUCUGAUGUGCCAGAAACCUCCCUGAGAUCUGCCGGUCAUCUCCAUGGACUUCUGCACCCCAUUCCAUACCCUUCUUCACCUGGGGUCCCCCUUCCAGUUUUCCCCUUGCUUCCCAGGCCCUUGACAUGGCUUACCUGCCUUCACUCCCAGCACCUUGCCCAACAGGAUAAGUUGGAUCCCCUUGGCCUUCUGAAUAUCCCAGUGUCUUCAGGUUUCCCAAGAUCACUUCCCUGUGGGCUUCCAAAAUGGCCUUUAUCAUUUCUCCAGUCUGUCACCCUCCUUUCCUUCUCCCAUACACCCAAGGCUUGUUUCUUCCCCUGUAAAAACCACUGCCUCAAUCUCUGGUUCACUCAACUAGUCACCAUGUCCUGAGGCAUGAAGCCUCCUCAGCUCUUGGAAUUGCUGGCAAGGGGUGACUGCCUCUGAGUCAUUGUGUUUUUCAAAGUGAUUUCUUUUCUGUAGCUUUUUGACCUAAGAUCUCAGCAAUUUGAACACUAACCUCUCCCCUCCUGGCUCAAGAAUUACUCCGAAGUCAGUCUGCAGAAAAUAAAUAUUUAAUAUGACAUGA